AUGAACGAAAAUUACAAAAAUAUUUCAAUUAAUUUGAAUUUUAAGCCAUCGUCGGCUUUUUUGAUUGGAUUAAUGGUGAAUUUUAUAGAUUUUCUGCUUUGGAACCGGACACAGAUACCGUUUACUGUGGAUAUGCUGGAGAAGUUCUUACAAAAGAAAAAUCUUGAUGAUAUUAAAUGUUUUAAGAAGCUGAAGGCAGUUAAGAUCGCUAAGGAUGCUUAUGAGAGGAUUUGUGGAGUUAAGGAGCUCACAAAACUCGAAUUCACAACAUCAAAGUCCUUCAUCAUCCUCUUCGGAUCAUCAAUACAAACUGCAAAGGAAGCUUACAAAAUCAUCUUUCCAUCCACAAACUCAAAUGUCACUCCAACAUUCAUCAAUGAGACCUCAAAUAUUAAAAAAGUGUUUCUUCAACUUCUUCAGUCUGAUGAUCUCAAAGAUGCUCUAGAAAGUCCACUGACUGUGACAAACACUUUUGUGCUGUACGAGCGGCGAUGCAGGAACGACGAAAAAAUUAGUACAAAUUUAUUUGAAGUCAGAAAUUUUAAGUUAAAUAAAUCGUGUAAAAAGUUUUUAAUUAAUUUUACGGAUUCAUCGAAUUUUGAGGUGUUUCAAGAGGAUUUUGAGGAGCUGAAAAUUUCUGAACAUGAAGUUGUGGUCGAGAAAGUUGAGGAAAUUUGGUUCCAGUCGAAGAUUUUUGUAAAAGGAUUUAGUGAUUUAACAACAGAUAAUAAAUCAAUUUGGGGAUAA